UUCGUGAGUUUUCGGUUUCGUUCGAAUGUUUACAAUGAUUUUACGGAAGUAAAUUCCUAAAAAAACUAGUGAGUGAUAUCCAGACGUUUUCUUUGUGAUGUACCUUACGCAUGUAACAGUUUUUGGUACAUUGAAUCAUAUUAGACAGCAUUAGAAUGCCAUUACCAUGUCAGGUGGAAUCAGAGUACGUCGAGUAGCAGACCCACUGCCUGUACAGCGAGGACCUCCGCCGCAAUCUUCCAACUUUGAUGAGCUGACAACAGCGUGGAACAACCAUGCUGAAGCGAAUAAUGCGCUCCAAAGGGCAGAGGCCAGGCUAGAGGAAGCGGAGACCUACAAUCCAGGCUCUUUUAAUAUGGACCAGGAUCCCAGAGGGGUGUUGAGUCCCGCCUACAAGCGAUACCUAGACGGCAGAGAGGAUCUUGGAUCUGUGCGGGUACCAGUCGACAGGGUACCAUCGGUAGAAUUCGGUGGCAUGCAACACAGUCAGGUUUCACAGAACAGGGGUAGCCGAGCAAAGUACGGCAAAGACAGAGCACGGAAAAGAGUAACAAUCGUUGAUAAUUUUGAGUGGAACAAACCAUCACUUCAUCCAGCUCUUUCCCCGCCAAGAAAUGACAGGGAUCCGACGAGGAAUCCCAAUUCCUUGAGUCCAUCACGAAGUAUCGAUAACACCCAGAUUCAGAGGCUUGAAAACCAGCUGAAGUCCUUGUCGCAUACUCUCAAAUCAUCUUCCUAUGACGGCAAGACAAUACGGUCGUCUCCUCCUAGAAGGGGGAACUACAUGUAUGAUGACAUCCCAGCCGAUAGAAACUGGACCAAUGGUUCAUCUCAUUUGGAAAGCUUCGAGAGGAGGACUUCACCAAAAGGGAAUGCGCCGUCUCCAUCAAGUCAGGAAAUCUUGAGUAGGGGUUCGGCAAACCUGUCUGUCGAUAACAGCACAGCGAUUCGAGUCUUGAACGAUCUGCCGUCGAGUCAACAGCCCUCUGAGAAAGAGAAGAAUCAAAGGAACUAUGAAUUUAGAGAGGAUUAUGUACCCGCGUAUGAAAGGAUAUACGGUACGCAGCCCAUGGACAAGUUAUCCAACAGGCAAGAGCAAAAUGAUGCUGAGCUCAGACAAAGUGAGGCGGUGCGUCAGAGAAUCAGAGCAAGUCGGAAACUAGCAGCCGGAGGCAGUGCAUCCAGCCACAUGGACAGACUUCGAGAGAAGGUGGAAGAGCAAAAAGCCGCUGUCACCGUCAAGGAGGAUGGCCUUGACAGGGUUUGGCAUCGAGAAGCUGACCCUGUCGUCUUACAAGACCCUGAUGGCGGACAGAAUGCCUUCACUGAGUUUUCCGUCCCUGCUGGGAAAAGUACCAUUCGGAAGGUCGCUGCGGCCCCUGCUGCUCCUGCGUACAGAGGCUUCAGUGAGGUGGAGACGCGUUUUAAAAUGCCAGACGGAAAGAUCAUGACAGAGGAGAAUCUCCUUCUCCAGAAAACCAGCACGAAGAGCCAGUCGCAUAGAAAUAGAAUUGUCAGCCAGAAUGUUCGGAAUGCGGCAGAUCGAGCUUUGAAGCCAAGUCUGGCACUCCAUGUUCAGAAUCGGCCAGAGCAAAACAGUAAACCAAGUAGGACCGUCCGCAAGGUUCAUAAAGCAUCAAAGACAUCAGAGAGAAGACCCAAACGCCCAGAACGCAAGGACAUCAUCUCAACAACUUCCUGGCGGGAUGGGCAGAAGACAGUCCUGAAAAUUCUUGGACCUCCAGAGAAACCCGUUGGUGUCCCCAAAUCCCCGCCUCCUCACUCACCCCCAACUCAUGACACUGAGGAGCCAACCUCUCCAAGAUCUCUAGAUCUUGGCACUGAAGUGAAAACUAAGGAUGACGUCUCUGAUGCCGAGUUAUCUGAUCAUCCUCUUGAACCUGAGGAAGUCAUUGAGGAGAUUAAAGAUGAUCAACCUGGCCUGUCCCUAGACAUGGUUAACCUUCCAUCAGAAGCCAAGAAUGUCCUGGAGGACCUGAACCUAAGUCCCUCUGACAGCGAGGAUGAACAACCAGAGAAGCAAAGAAGGAAAAGAGAAUCUCAGCAACCGCCCAAGUCCUUCAAAAAUAACAAAUCUGCCAAAGCACCUCAACAGGAUCCAGAGUUUCCAGCUGAGAGAGUCCGACACUAUGACACUGACAAUGUCCGCAGGUACAUGGCCAAGCAGAAAGCCGACCGCCGACGGAAACUUCAGGAGGAGAAGAAAGAGCGGAAACUUGCGCAGGAUCGCAAACAAGAGCAACUCCGUGAACUGAGCAAGAAGCAAAAGGAAAGCGUUCGAACUUGCCAGCGGACUCGAGAUGCAACAAAUAGUCAGCUUGGUGAGACUUUCUCCAAGGGGCCAGUUGGACAGGCAGGAGGUCAGAUGAAUGGAUAUGACCCUCUACCAAGGCAUCAUCCAUUCAGACAAGAAGGGAAAAAGAUUGAUGUGACGAGCUCAGACAAAGAGAACAAAAAUAUUUGGAGUACCUCAAGCAGUGACAGCAGCGUCCAGUCCAACCUACCGAGUGAUGCUCCACACAGCCCAUCAGAACACAUCAUUCAGCCACCGCCACAACUUGAUCACCUCGGUAGACUGAGCGAUCUAGCGGAGGGUCAUGGCCAACCACCCCGGCAGUCCUCACCCAUAGGGGUGGUGGUUACACAGAUGGCUAGUGGUAUGUCAGACGGAGGUCAGAUACUCCAGAGUGACCCAGGUCAAAGGGCAGAGGUUAGACAGCCUGCAGGGGUCGGACAAGGUCUCAAGAAUAAUGCACAUCCUCCACCAGCAUCUAAAUCGGCACCCUCUGGAAUCUCAACAGUGGCUCGUAGCAGAUCAGACAGGAUCCAGGCCCUCAAAGCCACAGCAGCAGCCCUGCAAGGCAAAAUAGACAAUGAAGUCAGGAAACUAACCGUGGACAUCCACUCACCAGUUGCUACUUCUCCAGGGGAAGCAGGAAGAUGGGCAUAUCCCGCUGGCAAUAAAACAGCCACCCCAAGCCGGGCUGUACACUUUAGUGGAAGUGCUAUUGAAUCGCCAGCGUGGGAGGAUGAUAGCACUAUGAAAGCUAGCCGUUACCAGCGCAUGGUCGGCAAUGACUACAAUCAAAGAGUCUUCACUGGAUCAUUGCCUGGUACAUCCAAUCUGUCAACCCAGGCUCAACACGCCCAUGCUGUCCAUCACCAAGACCAAGCAGCAACAAAGAUCCAAGCAGCGUUCCGUGGUCACAGCGUACGGCAGAGUCUUCAUUGGAGUCUACCCUCAGGAAGAACUCUUGGUGAAAGUGUGAGGAGAAGGGCUCCAGAUGCCAUACCAGAGGUCCAUGUGUCAAGUGCAGACAGGGCUGGUCCAUUCAGUGGUAGGGGUGUUCAAGAAGAUGAUGCAUCUCUCAGUGAGGGACCACUCAGUGAUGAUGCACCUGAUUACAUGCCGACGUUCAAGAGUCUGCCAACCACACACAGUCAUGUGUGCCAGUCCUCCCCACCGGGUACCAGCCAGGAGGAGGUCUAUGGGAGCGAUGCUCCGUUGACUCGACCGACCAGCCUGCUGGGGGCGACGGCAGAUCGAUGGAAGGAAAGCCUCGCUGAUGGACUCAGCGUGAUUAAUAUCUUCACUAGGAAGUAUCAGAAUGCCAACAGGGCCGUUCUUUAUGGUCAACUUCCUGAUGCCAUCCCAUCACCUAAAGGCUCUCCUAUUGGUUACUCCUACAAUGAUGAUUUUACUGGAGCGUCAAGCGCAUCAUCCAAACCACCGAAGACCAAACAGGAGGAGGCUUCACCUUACAUUGAGGACUUCUCAAGCAGUAGCAAGUCAAAGACCAGAUUCAAGAGUAACUCUUCAACAACUUCCCCUAGUAGCAAGUCAAGCUACAGGACAGCCAGCAGUCACAAGAGGUCAUCAAGGUCAUCCAGGUCAGAGGUCAAUGAGCAGACACGGAGCAGAAAGAUGGACGACAACACAUUGGAUAUGUCUCCCAAUGAAAGCUUUGGAAGUUCCGGAGACGAUUCCCACCAGCGUAGGCGUGUCUCCCGUACUCCGAGCCCCAAACCGUCCUUCAACAACAAGAGUCUCUCAGAUCAGCGCUCCUCUCCAUCCCUCCUGAGUCCAACAGCUUCCCUUGGCUCAAAGACACCCUCCAGUCCCGAUAGUACCGUCUCGUCGGGUUCUCUGUCUCGCUCACCAGUCGCUGAGAAUCAAUCAGGUAAUUCAUCAGGUGGAAGUAAGACGUCCGGCAGUAAGAGCCGCUCAAAGUCUAAGUCUCGAUCUUCAAGAAACCAGGGUUCUGCGUCUUCCAAAUCGAUGCACACCAAGGAUGGAUCGAUCCUCCUGAAGCCGGUGAGCAGCGGGUCGUCUGUUGAGAUGAACGGCGAUAGAGGAGCGGAGAGGAAGACGUCAAGAAGUGGGCUUGAUCAAAGGCCUUCCACAUCAGGCAAGCCGCCUCUUCCUGGCCAGUUCUCCCCAGCUGCCCUGAGUCUGAAGAUGGCCUCGGAGCUCAACCUCUUGGAGUCUCUAGAGGAGUCAGUGAGACAGAUUUCUGAGAUGGAACGUACUCGCCAUGUCUCCCUGGCCCAGCAGGAGAGCGUGUCGUUAGCUCGGGUUCUCCAGGCACGGCAGCGAGACCAUGAACGAGAGAUACAGUUGCUGUCAUUGAAGGCGAGACAGGAAGUGGAAGAGGCAAACAAACAACUCGAGGUUGUGAGGCAGAGAGCUGUUGAGACGGCUUCUGAUGCAGAGAGAGUCUUGGCUCAGGCUCGCCGAGAGGCGACCGAUGCUAGGAGUGACACCACUCGCCGUCUGAUUGAGUCGCAGGCUGAGGCAGCGAAAGUGACUGCAGAGGCUGCUAAACAGAUGGCUGAAGCUCAGAGGAUGCCAGCCAUGCCACCAAUGCCGAGCAUUGAUCCCGGCAAGCUAGCUACUGACACAGCAACGGCAGCGACAUCGGCAGCAGUGACUGCUGCACUGGAGCAGCAGCGACUCCACCAGAUUGAGUUUCUCAAAGAGAUGAAGGGCGCCCUCGCUCCUCCCACUUCCGCUGUUCACACAAGGUCACUUGGUGUUGGUGAGAACUUGUCUCUUCCAAGUCGUCAGUCCAGUCAGUCAAGUUACACCAGCAGCAGCCGAUCAGAUACUCCUCACUCUCCCAAACAAGAGUAUACCGAUGACUUCACUGAGAGCGCCAAGUCCCAACGAUCGUCUCAUUCAAUCAGCACAGGUACAAUCCCCGAGGCAAGCUCUCUCUCCAUCAUGGAUCAAUCUAGAUCUGGGAAGUCUGCAAAGUCUCCAACCAACACUGAUGUUAUACAGACAGCGAGUAGUCUGUCAGUCGGCCAAGACAACUCUAGUAUGUCGAUUAAAACGGAUUCAGCCCUGUCCCCAGUGAAGUCCGAAUACUCGCCCAGCAUUGGGAACUCCUCUAUCCUGACUGCAUCCAACCUCAGCGGAGGGAGCACAGUCAGUAUCUCUGAGGAUGUCCCCGAUAACAAACAGUCAAGCUAUAGUAGUUUCUCCAGCGACACUAGGAGCAAGACUUCAUCUAGUGGUACUACUCCAACGUCUUCAAGUACCCCUGUAAGGACAAAGGAAGAGAAAUCUAAGAUGAUGGCUACCUAUGAGGUCCGGCAACCCCAAGCCGGGAACUUCACUCUAGGGAUGGAUGACUCCUUCACACGGCUCUCAGCUGAGAUGCUGAGACAGCAGCUACGCGAUGAGGAAGUCCGUUCCCAACAACAGGGGGCGCUGUUUAAGCUACGAGAGAAGACUCUCUUGGAGAAGGCUAAGGUGGAGUUGGAGUGGUUAGAGCAUGAGAAGCGGCGGCACAAGGAGAAAGGAGAUACUGAAGCCUUGCAGAGUGCCCGCAAGAAACAACAAUCCCUGGUGGCUAAGGUUCAACAAGAACAGGCUGAAAUGCGUCGUCUUCGUGCAGCUCAGAAGUCAGCAAGUCACGAGCGUCAACUACUCCUCUUCCAGCAGCAGGAGAUCCUGCGUAUGCGCAAGGCCACCGAGGCCGUCAAGGACAACAUGAAGGACUUCUCUAACAUCUCCAUUACCUCGUCAAUAGGGGGCGCUCUCAGCGAAGACCAUCCAAGCAACGCAUCCACGGUUGUUUCAUCACCAGAUCUCCCUGAGGUCUUGUCUGAUUCAAACAUCUCGAUGGAGAGUCCAGGAGAUAGGAAAGGGGCGGGGCUGAGGGAGGAGCAUCACGGGGCAGGGCCGGAUGAUGAGAAGGAUGGUGGGGCCAAGGGGAGUUUGACACCUGCCGAGAAGCAAGCUCAGGUCAUGCAGAAAUUGAAGAAACUUCAACAACCACUCAGCAUGAAGUACCUGACCAAGCGUGAACAGCAGCUGACGAAGCGUAGACGUAAUGCAGAGGAGCUUCUAGCCUGGCAGAGACGCCUCGAUGAAGAAGAGUCACACAUCCUUAACAUGGAGCGAGAAGCAAUGCGCAGACUGGACACGACAAAGCCCCGUCCACCGAUGAAGGCUCUACCUCCUUCUACACCUUCGCGUGACUCCGCCCAUGAAUCCUCCCCACGCCUCCUAUCCGAUGACAUCUCAGAGGGUUCGAUAUCAGUGACUCCAAGUAUAAAGGAUGGGGUGAGGGAUGGGGAGGGGCAGAGGAGAGAAAGUGGGGACUCUAUCUCUGAGGACAUCAGUCACAGUAGUAGUGUGCCAGAAUACAUCGUAUCAGAACCAUCCAAGAAAAUGAGCUCUUCCCGGAUACCCACUGCGAGUAACAUUUCCAGUGACGACACCUUGACGCACACCAAGUCUAUCCCGGAGGAUUACGCUAGUGAUUCCUUCGACACGACUGACCACACCCUGACCCCAACCAAGUCUCUUCUUGGCCCACAGCGAUCAUCGUCUACUCUGGAGUCAUUCCGGGCACCCCUGUCACCUCAUCGUAGGAUCAUGGAGUCUGAGAGUGGGUCGGAGUCUGAGAAGUCAUUCUCUCAAACUGUGUCUGAAAUUGCAUCAGAUCAGAGUGACGUGGAGGGCCGUGUCAAGGCCCUGGAGGUAGAGCUUCGGAAACGCAAGAUGGAGGCAGAGAAGCUAAGACGUCAGCAGAAACGAAUGCAGCGAGAGAAACUCAAGGCACAGGAAGCUAGUCUUAAGAAACAAUUAGAGUCCUACGAAAAGCUGAUUGAGAAAACGAAGGCAGAAUUAAAGACAGAGUCAGCCGCCAAGACGACCGCCAUCUCAGUCAAGCCCCAGAUCAAACAGCUACGAGUCUCAGAAUCACAACGACUCAAAGAUCGCUCUCAUGCCCGGUCUCUACGCCAGCGCACAGCCUCAGACAGCAGCAGGGAAGGAGGGGCUGAGCUUGGGUCCAUGAGGAAGAAGAGAUCGGUGUCGGAGGGCAGUGUCUCAAGCCGCUCUAGCAUGGAUGAAGAGGCUGGAUCAGGGAGAGAACCGUCGCAUUCUUCAUUCAGCUCGGUGUUCACUCCACCGACGACACCUCGACAUGCUGAUGAUACAACACCAGGUCCUCUCAAGACUUCUACACCCACCACCAAGCCAGAGAUGAACAGCUUCAGUCUACCUGAGGAGGUUAGUGAGAAUACGGCAAACAGUAUCACUGAUGAGGACUCGCAGAGAGCCAUCAUGGACAAGAAAACUCAGAAGGAUGUUUCUCGCCAGAAACAAGGACCUCAGCAGUCGGAGGACCAAGAGGGGCAGAGAGACUCCUCCGCUGUGUCAGAUAUUUCUGAGGAUAUUCAAUCGGUGUAUAGCUCUGCUUCUGCCACUCCGGAUGAAGUGUCCCUGAAGGAGUCCCCCAGGUUGCGCUCUACCAGAGAAUUUCAGGUCACUGAUGAAUUGAAGGGUCAGAGUCAUGUGGAGAGAGAACUGUCUGAAGCUUCCAGUGUCCCAGAGGAGGUUUUGUCAACAACGAGUUCAGCAUCUCUGGAUUCAGUGCGGACUACGCCGAGGUUGCUUGACCUCCACCAGAAAGACCAGAAUAAUAGGACAGAACCUCCAAAGCCAGACCACGAUGGAAGUCUCAACAGCUCUGGGAAAGGCGCCCCUUCUCGUCUUCCAGUUCAUUCCAUCGAGGACCUCUCCCAGAGAAGCGAGCCGUCUUACUCGAGCUCUGUCAGAACUGCGUCUUCGCAUCGAUCCCGGACUCACAGUGAGCAGUCGGGAGUAAGUUACAGUGAUGAGUUUGUUGAGUCUUCUGUGUCAGUUGGAGUGAACAACAAGGAGAGCCUCUCAGACACUGAUGACGAUAUCAGCGAGCAGCUGUCAAUAGUUAGUGAGCCUUCUGAAGUAAGUGUGACAAGUGGAGGGAAACUCACCUUCAAUCUAUCAGCUGAUAAGGGCCCAAAUGAGAGGACAAGAAUUGCACUGGAAGCAGCUCCUGAAGUUACAAUCUCUGAGAGGAAACUGGGUGGAGAACAGGAGGAUAGUGUUAGUGAAGAAGAUGAGAGGACUCCAGUUGCCUCUCCGAAUGACGAACUCCUGGAGAAAUCGCAAGACUUUACUGGCUUUGACAUUGGAGACCGUGUGAUUGUGAGCAGUAAGGACAAGGGUACUCUUCUGUUCAAAGGGGUGACCCACUUUGCCCCCGGUCCCUGGGGAGGUGUUGAACUGGAUGAACCUCAAGGAACAAAUGAUGGCUCCCAGGAUGGACAUGUUUACUUUCAUUGCAAAGCAAGUCAUGGGAUGUUUGUUACGGCUGACAGGCUUGAACAUCUCCUGAACGAGUCUCCUAGAGCUGACUCCAAACAGGACCAGGAAUCAUCAAUUGAGGAAGAUGUUGUGAGUGCAGUAUCAGAGAGGUCAGAACCUGAACAAAGGAAACAGCAUUCCCCGGUGUCUUCACUCUCGUCCAAGACUCCCUCUGAAUCCAUGCAACCUCUUGCUCAGGUCUUGAAAUCAGAAGCCACCGAUGAAGACUCCAUCACUGAGGAUUUCUCAGAGCCAAUGACGGACGACGCAGCCCUUGAGCGACUCAUCAAUUCAGCGGCAGCUGCUGUGGAGUCCUUCAAUGAGGAAGACAUGAAGGAAAUGUUUCCCACUUCUGAGAGUGCUGAGACCCCUAGAGGAGCUCCUGAGCAAGAAGUAGCUCCCACUUCAGCAAAGGAGAGACUGGUCGACUCCAUUACUGACCAACUGACGGUUAAUGUACUAAAAGACUCGGUAAAGACCAUCACAGAGAUGAAACAGAUUCCGGAAGACAAAGUCAUUGAGGAGAAGGACAGUGACAAGACUCCUGAAAGAAGCUCAUCAACAGAGAAACCAAGCACAUCAUUGUUGAAGAUCCUGGUUCCUGAUGAUGUAGUCAAAUCUCCAAGAGAGGAAGCUAUCGAUGAUAAGGAGGAGGAACAAACACGGACCACAGUUAUCAAGAGAAAGAUUGAUACAACCACUGAGACUCUGCUGAUGGACGCUAUCACUGAACUGAUCUCUCUGAGAAGGAAACGCUCAGAGAAACCACAUGCUGAGCAUAAAUCAAGUGACUUGCUGCCAGAGUCACCACCGUCCUCGCCGAUUCUGAAAUCCCCGUCCCCAGAAACUCCCUCUGCGUCCCCUUUUAUAAGAAACACCACCCCGUAUACACCAGAUAGCGAGAGCCCCAUCAAUCAAGAAGAGACCACUUUGGAUGACGACAUCUUCAUCAACCGUGUCAAAGUGGAAACAAACCCCUUUGAUCUAAAGGACCAAGACCAGGUCCCUGUUGCCAGACCAGGAUCUCCUGUGUUUGGAGAACCAAGCGGAAUCAACCCAGAAGCUCUUAGUGAGAGACUGGAACAGAUGCAGCAACUCGGAGCAGACAUUUUCGAAGGAGAUCUAUUCGGAGAGCAGGAAUGGUUUGAUGAUGAUUUCGGCUCGAUGCCUAAGAGCAAAAGCAUCAUACAGGUACCGGUGCGCAAUCAGGAGACUCCGAUCGCCACUCCGAUUCCUGGAACCCCCGUCCCCGGUACCCCAGUGCCUGGUACCCCAGAGCUUAACAGGCUGGAUCUCACACGGAUUGCUCAGGAACCAUUUUAUGCAGUGCCGCAUAACCGCAAGGAAGUCAAGUCACUGGUAGAUCAGUCGAUCAAAGUCUUCCAUGAGAAAGCAUUACUGAAUGAGCUGACCAGUUCCAUUUCACCUCCUCAGGAGAUCAUGGGCGAUGACUCCAAGGGCUCGGACAUUGAAUCAACUAGCCGCAAAUCCUACAAGCGACUGGUAUUUAAUCUUGUCGGGGAGGCGUACCAGGACAUCACCGGUGAGCAGGAGCAAGGUGAACAACCCCUCUGGAUGAAACCAAAGAGACGUCCGCGAAAAUACUUCUUUGACAAACCCCCACGGGAGCUUCCGGACAUUGCUCAGGUGGUCGAGGAUCGUGCGCUUUUUGUGACGGGGUUGACCGGCCGACCCAAGGUGGACCCGGCCAUGAAUCGGUUCGGUAAGAAGAAGAAGGACCAUGUAGAUGAGAUAUUGACUCUUGAGUUGAGGGAAGAAGAACAGGAAUGGGUUGACUAUGACGACGAUGAAUUAGCCGUCAAGAUGCAGUUGACCGAGGCCAUAUUUGACUCUUUGCUCACGGACACUGCGAUGGUUCUUAAUAGAAUACAAGACAGGCGGAAGGCAAGGAUUUCACCGGAAGAACCGGAAAUUGAAUUUUAAUUUUAACCUCCGAGUCUGACUCCCUGUAUCCUUAAGGUUUAGAUAAGGUAAAUGUGGUCCAGCCUAUAUUUAAGGCACUCUCAUGUGUUUGUUCUGCACAGAGAAACUAUAGACGCAAAAACAAUAUGGAUAUUUUUUGAUAAACUUUACUUUUUUAACUGAACACUUUUUACUCUGUGAAAAGUGCCCUCGCUGGUUGAAAAAAUCAGGACAGUAUUUUCUUGGGAGAAAAAUACAUACAGGCAAAACGUACAAAAUUAGUUCUAUUCAAGGUAAAAAAUUCAACAAUGGAGAAAUCAUUUCUGAAACUUUGGCUUUCUUUUCAUGAGGUAUUUCUUUUUUUUUGGGGGGGGGGGGGUGACAGUUCAUCUUUCAGGAUUUUUUGCCAUUUCACAGUGCUCUCACACUUUUAUGCAACUCAGAAUUGAACAUGUACAUCUUGUAAAUUUUCUGCAAAAUCUUUCACAACUAUUCCCGCAAAGUAGCAAAUGUAACGCAAGCCUGAAUGUAGGUCUCCAUUGUGGAAUUAUUACUAGGAAACUCUUCUAAGGAACCUAGUAACUUUGAAAACAAUCAACUCUAGUAUGUGUGUCUGUGUACGACAAAGUGCUCUUCAUCUGAUUUGUAUACAAAAAUAAUUAUACACAGCUGUGCCUGCCGUCGAUUUCACCAAACUCUUUCUUAGGAUUAA